AUGCACCAUCAAGACGAUAAGGUUGAAGUAUGUGAUCAACGUGUGGCUGUGUGUCGUGAUCAUGCCAAUGGUCAGUGCAGACGUAAACAAUGUAAAUAUUAUCACAUACCAAUUGUAUUACCGCCGGCAAAUAUAAUGGCAGCAUUAAUCAAUGGCAAUACAAAUACAAACAACAGCAGUAGCAACAACAACAUCAACAGCACUAUCAGCAGCAGUAAUACCAUUAACAACAACAACAGUAACAUACAGCAGCAACAACAACAACUUAAAAUACCCACAUCUGGUGGUGUAAUACCGGCUGUGGCAACAACAAUUGCCACAACAAACUAUAACAACAAUCUGAUUAUUAUUGAACCACAUCAGCAGCAGCAACACCAACAACAUUUCUAUACGCCGGCCACCAUUAGUUAUACCCAACAUCCAUCAGCGAUGGCCACACCAAAAGCCUUGACAAGCCAAUCGAGCCAAUUAUUCCAGGCCACACCCACAACUCAUAUAGCAGCAACAAUACCACAUAUCUAUCAUACCUCACCACAUCAACAACAGCAGCAGCAACAACAACAAUAUCAACAGUUACAGUAUACAACUGCCAAUACAACAGCAUACCAAAGUGGCCAUCAACAACACACCGUACAUCCCCACCACCACCAACAACAACCACAACACCAUCAUCAUCCACAUCAUCAGUCUCUGCAUCAUUUAACCUCACCCUAUUCUCCAUCGGCUGCCUCCACAUCAUCAUCUGCCUCGUCGUCCUGUUCCAAAGCCUGCUCACCCACAUUGUCCAAUACGACGACACACUCAACGACAUCCACGGCAACAAUACCCACACCGAUGGCAGCUAAUUACUUGCCUUUAGCAGCAGCAGCAACAGCACCCCUGCCACCCACGACCACAACAAAUUUCCUAAAGGCACCGCCACCACCACCACCCGCACACAAUGCUGCGACCGCCAUGACUUUAGCCAUCGCCACCCAGGCACCACUCGUCUUGGGCUGUUCCACCCUGUCCAACAGCAGUUACAGUACGAAUUGCAUUCCAAUUUUGACAACGCCGCCAGAUGUUGGCGCCCUGACAGCAGCGCAUCAUCAUCACCAUCAUCAUCCGCAUCAAACCGGACAUGCGACAGCAACAGCCUUUAUAUAUCCGGCAACUGCGCAACCGCAACAUUAA